UUAAACAUGUCAGCUGGUAUUCCUGUGAAGCUUCUCAAUGAAGCUCAGGGUCACAUAGUAUCCCUUGAACUGAACUCGGGUGAAACGUACCGUGGAAAGUUGAUUGAAUCUGAGGAUAAUAUGAACGUCCAAUUGAGUGACAUCACAUUAACAUCAAGAGAAGGCCAAGUUACACAUCUAGAUCAUGUUUUCAUCAGAGGUUCCAAUAUAAGAUUCUUUGUUGUUCCAGAUAUGUUGAGAAACGCACCAAUGUUUGAUCCAAAUCAUGUUAAA